UCCCGGGGGAAAUUUUGCCCCGAAGCGCUUCAUAUCCAUUUAAGGGGGCAAAAUUUUCUCUCGCGUCUACCGCUGAAGGGCACCGCGCCACCCCGUCAAGACAUAAAACAUGUCGAAAAUGGUUCAGACGGAGGCUGGCCGCACAAUCCCCAAGUUCGGCGCCUGGGACGUGAACAACCCGGCCUCCGCCGACGGGUUCACGGUCAUCUUCAGCAAGGCCAGGGAUGACAAGAAGGCCCCCGUCAACGUGCACAAGGCCAGCAAGUCCGCCGACGGCAAGGACGCCAGGCCCGACUCGAAGAUGAACCAAUCCUACAGCAACUCCAGGCCCAACACCUCGAAGAAAUGGUUCUGCUGCGUGUCGCCGAGCCCCACGCAGCCUUGAGCUAGGACGAGGAUGAUGAUGAUGAGGAGGAGGGGAUCGGGCGGAGUGUCGCGCGAAUGCGAAUGCGAUGGGACGGAGGAGAGGGGAGUGUCAAUGCCGCUGCUUCGUUUAUAAACAAACGUACUACUAUCGUACAUACACAAACACUUGCCACUUCGGGGAUGAGAUGAGACGAUGUUGAUGUAAUUA